CAACUCUUCAACCCGCUCUCAACAUGAAACUAUUUAUUAUCGCCGCUUUCUUGGCCGUCGCUGCCGCUGUUCCAUCCAGCUACAAGCCGGAAAACAAGGCUCCUAGCUCCCCUGCCCCAAGCUACCCCGCACCGGCUUACCCUGCACCAGCCUACCCUGCACCAGCCUACCCUGCACCAGCCUACCCCGCACCAGCUUAUCCUACUCUCAGCUACAACAAGGAUAACAAAUACGCUGGUAUCACCAUCACCAGCCAAUCUGACGAGCGCAAUCUCGAUGGCAGCAGCCAAUGGAGCUAUGCCCAGUCUGACUACACCACCCGCGAAGAGUCUCAGGUUCAGAAAAAGAUGGAAGGAAUCACCUAUGAUUCUUACGGCAAAGAAUCAUACGGUGAGGUCCUAGGCAACACCAACAAAGGAUCCUCUUACUGGGUUUCUCCUGAAGGCCAGAAAUUCAUUUUGACGUGGACCGCUGAUGAUGCUGGAUUCCAGCCCAAAGGUGACCACUUGCCCGUCGCCCCCGUUCAUGAAUACGAGCUCCCAGUUGCGCCUGCUCUCCCUUAUUCACGCACUGGACCCGGUUACUAAGUUGUAAACUUUCCCUACGUGAAAUUUGAAUGGCAUGGACCAUCCAAGUGUAAUUUUUUGAUGAGAAAUAAACGCAAAUUAUGCUUUGA